ACACAAUUAUAUUAAUAAUUCCUCCCUUUAUCUCUCUGUCUUAUCUCUACAAUCUGAAAGAAGAGAGAAAAAUGGGGAGAGGGAAGAUAGAGAUCAAGAGGAUAGAGAACCAGAACAACAGGCAGGUGACUUACUCCAAGAGAAGGAAAGGGUUGAUCAAGAAAGCUAAGGAGAUUACUGUUCUUUGUGAGGCUGCUGUUUCUGUUGUUAUCUUUUCUUCUCCUUCCAAGCUCUAUGAGUAUUGCAGUCCCUCCACAAGCAUAACUGAAAUGUUGGAUCGGUAUCACCAGCACUCUGGACAGAGGUUGUGGGAUCCUGAACAUGAGGCUCUCAGCAAUGAAAUUAAGAGAAUUAAGGAAGAGAAUGAGAAGAUGCAAAUUGAUCUCAGGCACUUGAAUGCAGAAGACAUCUCUUCUUUGAAUAUCAAAGAACUCAUGACUAUUGAAAAUGACCUCGAGAAUGGGCUGAUGAAUAUUGGCGAAAAACGGAGGGAGUCGUAUAAGAGGAUGCAGAAAGAUGGGCAACGUCUGGAGGAGGAGAAUAUGCAGCUCCGAUACGUCUAUCAACAACAGAUGGAAGCUAUGGCUGGCAAAGUGCGAGACAUCGAAAAUGAAUUUAAUCAUCUGAAAGUGAAUGAUCAGUCGUAUGAAGCUCAGAUGCCCUUUGCCUUCCGCUUGCAGCCUAAUCAGCCAAAUCUGCAUAACCAGAUGCUUCUGGACUAAGAAGCAUCUGCGUAAUCUAUCUUUGCAAUCUUUGCCUGGCCGAUCGCGUUAUUAAAUAUAAAUCAAGCAACUCCAAGACUUCAAACACAUUACAUUAUAAGCACCUAAUUUAUGAUUAGGCAAACUUAAUUAAAUACGGUUUGUGACUCUGUAUUAAUGUCUGCUCAAUCUAUAUGCUAUCAUAUUACCAAUAUAUCAAGCAGGCAUGCAUCUCCGAUAA